ACAUUUCUUCGAUCUUCUUAGAGAGUUCUAAAGGUUUACAGUAUGACCACAUCUAGCAACACCCCUCCUCCCUUCACUCCUUUCUAAUCCAAACAGUGUCAAGGGCCUGAGUCCCUGUCCACCCACAUGGUAUGAGGUUAUCGUGCUAGAGGACAUAAAAUACUGCUACAUGUAGGGUGCCUUUAGGGUUAGGAUCACAUCGAUGGUGUGUCCCAGCACCAGAUAUGACCUUUAUUGACAAUGCAUCAACAGUGACAUGGUUUACUCUUUCUGGGUUUGAUGAGAUAAUGGAACACAGAGCCACAUUCUUCUCUCUAACUUUACUGUGUUACUGUGUGAUUAUACUUUUAAAUGUUGCUCUCAUUUUAAUGAUAGUCCUGGAUGAAAACCUCCAUGAGCCCAUGUACAUCUUCCUGUGUAACUUGUGCAUCAGUGGACUUUUUGGCACAACAGGAUUCUACCCCAAGUUCCUACUAGAUCUACUGUCUGAUCUGCAGGUUAUCUCUUAUGCAGGAUGUUUAAUCCAAACUUUUGUCAUUUAUUCUUCUGCCGGUGGAGACUUUGUAAUUCUAGCAGUGAUGGCAUAUGACAGGUAUGUGGCAAUCUGUAGACCAUUGGAGUAUCACUCUGUUAUGACCAGGCAGAGGGUCGCUUGGUUAGUGUCUUAUCCUUGGCUCUCUACAUUCUGUUUAAUAACUGUUCUCAUUAUUUUAACAAGUAAACUGAGGUUAUGUGGAUCACAUAUAGAGAAGCUUUACUGUGCAAACUGGUCUAUUGUUAAACUCUCUUGCACUUCAACCACUCUAAACAACAUAUCGGGUUAUACUGGCAUUCUGUUCUAUACUGGGCAUGUAACAUUCAUUGUGUGUUCCUAUGUAAAUCUUAUCAGAUCAUGUCUGAAGUCUAUUGAGGACAGGGGAAAGUUUAUGCAGACCUGCAUGCCACAUUUGUUGUCAUUAAUUAUUGUAGCAGUUGCUCUGUUGUUUGAGGUUUUCUACAGUAGAUAUAGUUCAACAAAUAUAUCACAAAAUGUUCAGAAUGUUAUAGCUCUUCAAUUUUUAGUUAUUCCUCCAAUUUUAAACCCGCUUAUUUAUGGUCUUAAACUGAGGCAGAUUAAAAAACGAAUUUUCGGCAUGAAAAGUUAA